AUGGUGAAGCUGCUUGGGGCGGCGAGUAUUGUGGCCACCGCUGGCGGCCUUAUUGCCGGUGUGAUUGUACUGGCGGUAUUUUUGUUUACCUGUUGGGGCAGUCUCGUCUCUGCCGUCUUGGCAUUCCUUCCUGAGGGCUUCUUGGCGUCACUGCCACCGUCGUCGAAUUUUCUUUUUGAGACUAUCCGGCUCGUAUCUUUUGUGGAGACGGUAAAAUACAUGAGUCUGGCGAACUACGUGUGUUUUGCGGUUUUCUUAAUACUUGUCCUCCUCCUCAGUGCCGUGGAGGAGGCGAUGAUUACCGUAAAGGAGGCGAUUGAGGAGAAGGCAAAGUUGCCGUCGACGGAACUUGUCCGGCAGAUGAACGGAAAGUACGACCACGCCUUGGCCGUGAGUGGCAACGCAUACAAAGUAAAACAGGUGCGUGGUGGGAGACAACACGAAAGGAAGAUGUAA